GGCUGCCGCCCCGCCCGGGGCGCCUAAAGCGACGUGUCCUUGUCCCCCGUGGGCAGCCCCAGUGCGUGAGGCCGCAGAUCCCCAGCUCCAAAGCCCCCCCCCGCCCCCAUCAGAGCCGCCACCCCCAGCACAACCAGCCUGGAGCCAUGAAGACCAAAAACCGGCCUCCCCGGCGCCGGGCGCCCCCGCAGGACCCAGAGGUCACCCAGGGGGAGCGGACGCCUGAAACGCUGCAGCCAGGCUCGGGACCGGAGCCGGCCAAGGCUCUGCGGGGCCGGACGGCGCGGGUGCAGACGGCGCGGGCCGAGGGCGGGCGCCGGCGGCCGGGGCCGGUGGGCCGGCGGGAGAGCAGCGUCCAGCGGCGGCUGGAGAGCAACGAGCGGGAGCGGCAGCGCAUGCACAAGCUGAACAACGCCUUCCAGGCGCUGCGGGAGGUCAUCCCGCACGUGCGCGCCGACAAGAAGCUCUCCAAGAUCGAGACGCUCACGCUGGCCAAGAACUACAUCAAGUCGCUCACCGCCACCAUCCUGACCAUGUCCAGCGGCCGCCUCCCGGGCCUGGACGGGCCGGGCCCCAAGCUCUACCAGCACUACCAGCAGCAGCAGGUGGCUGGCGGUGCCCUGGGAGCCUCCGAGGCCGAGCCCGAGGGCCACCUGCAGAAGUACUCCACGCAGAUCCACAGCUUCCGAGAGGGCUCCUAGCACCCCAGCCCGCGGCCAGCGGAGGCCCGGCCCGCGCAUCCCGGUCCUGGGCCCUCCAGGCCCCGCGCCUCUGCUUCCCUGCACCCUCAGCCGCCUCCCCGGACACGUCCCAACCCCCAGGGACAAGACCAGUGAGUGGUACAGCUCUGGGCAGCACGAGACCCAAACGUCGGCCGGGGUCCCAGGACCUGCUUUGUAACCAUCUAGGCAGGAGCUGGCCGGCCUUUGUCACUCACUUCUCUUCACUCCCGGCUCCCUCCAGAGGCGAGGUCCCAGGAAAAGGUUUGCUUGGGUAAGUUCCCCACUUGCUGCUGAGGUCGGGACUCAGGGCCUGCAUCGAAGCCUCCUCGUUCCGGGUAAACUGAGGCACAGAGAAAACAAGGCCCACGGCCUCGGCCUGGAGGGGAGUGUGGCUGAGCAGAGAAGGUUGGAGGAGCUGGUUCAGCACCUGUCACAUAGACGCCAAGCCCUCAUCUGACUCCCUCAGAGUCAUUCCAAAGGGACCUCGUCCGGGCGAGGGCUGGGGUCUUGGCUCCCUCAGGGUGGGGGAUCCUGAGCCCGGCCGAGGAUCUGCCGCCUGGGGCUGAGGGUGCUGGGGACAGGGCCGGGCGGGUGGGAAGAGGGUCCGGCCCCCGGGGCCUCCCUCGGGGUCCCACCCAGGUUUGCUGCUGUCAUUGUCGGAUCUGUGGUCAUGCACGUGGCGCAGGGUUGUCUGGAAAGGACGAUAGGAUGAUCCAGGGUCCUGGCUGGACUUGGGGGCUCAGUGGGGCUCUCGGCGGGGAGGAGCCUGCGGUGGCAGGAGCUCCCCUCCCCCACCCGGUGCUGCUCCUCACAGGCAGGACCGGGCAGCUUGGCAGGUCCCCGCCGCCCCGGGCCACGCUUCCUUCUGCAGCCGUUCCUGUCCCACUGGCUGCUGGCUCCGACAGGCUUGGUGACUUUGCUCUCAACCCUGCUGGCAACUUCUCUCCCUUGUCCGCCUCCCCACGGCCAAUGUGGGGAGGAAGGAGGGGACAGGGUCCCAGGCAGCCUGGGCAGGAGCCCCAGCAACAGCGGCUGCGGAGAGGGUGGGGUUGGGCUGGCAGAUGAGGCAGGGUGCCCUGUGCCCUGAUCUGUCCCAGAGCUCUCGGGGGCCAGGCCCCUCUGGAUGCUGCGGGUAGGGGCUGAGCCCGGCUGGGAGUGGGGCUGCCACAGGCAAGGGCCGCAUCCUGACCCACGGCCUUCCCCGCCCAGCCCUGGCAGUGCAGGUCCCACCACUUAACGCACCGCCGGGGCUUGGCAUUAGCCCUGGCCGAAUCAAGGGCAGCAGGGGGCACCCCUGGAAACAGCCAUUAGGUGCCUCCGUCCCAACUUUCCAGGUCAGACACCAGCCAGACCCCGGCAGCCCCAUCCCCAGGCCCUCUGGACCCUCUGGCAUGGGUCAGGCGGGAUCCCCAGGUGCUCCUGACCUGCCCCCAGGGGUGGCCACACAGGAAGGUCGGUGUCAGGGAGUUCCCCAGUGGGAGCCGAGGUUGAGGGCGACUCUGAGCUCCAGACAGAUGGGGGUGCCCAGCAGAGAAUGUAUCCAGGAGGCCAUGCCUGGUGACCAGGGGUCUGGGGGGUCACCGCCUUGAGGCCAGCCCUUGUGGCUCUUUCUCUCUGUCCCCCACUGGCACCUGCUUCCCAGAUGGUCACCUGGACCCAGAUGUCCAGUUCUUCUCUACCCGAGGCUGGAGGGCAUCUGCCUGCUGUGGUCACAUCACAAAGGAGCCUUAAAGGUCCCAGUACAGGUUCAGGGUGUUGUUUGGGAGGGCGGGGGACAGGUCCGGUGAGCCUGCUGCUCCAUUGACCCUCGCCUUGGACUCUAAGCCCAGUCUGGACACUUCGGUCCCGCGAGAAGGCUCUGCCCGGCCCUUCAAGGCUGUGCGUGUCCUCAAGUGAGACACUCAUGAACUCUGAGCCCAAGCUGCCCGCUGGCACCUGGGGCCACAGACUGGCCUGCAGACCAGACCUGCGAGCUCGGGGGAGGGAUCCCCACUGCUGACAGCAGGGAAACCAGAACUGCGCCGUUGGUGUCCGGGAAAAACUACCUGGAAGGGAGCUGCCGGUGCCCCAGCUGUACUUGUGGUGAAAAUGUUUCUUAAGGGACCCAAAUUUGCUUUUAUUUUUCCUAAUGGCCUCUUCUAAAUACUAAUGAAACCAAGAUAAAAGAUUUCAUGGCCUGUGCUGGAAUGGGGGGGGCAUUUAAAUCAUGAUGUAGCAAUAAAAAGAGGAAUGUGUCCUUGA